AUGAAUGUAGAAGAGGAGGAUAUCAAUUUCUUGAAAGGUAUUUAUUCAAUAAAUAAUUAAAGCUUAACCCUUAUGGACAGGAUGUAGAAACACACCUUAUUUAAUAAGAGCUGGAAUCAAUAUUGAUAAAUGCUUAAUUUGUAAUAUUUAUAUAUAAGAUAUAGUCAUUACAAAUAUAAGGUAAUCUUGGAUUUGUAAACUAAACAAAGACCGUAUCUAAAAAGAUAAAGAAUUAUACAAUAAAUCAAUAUAAACUACUAAUUUCUAAGGAGUAUUGGAUUUAUUAGAGUUAGCCUUAAAAUUUGACCCUUAAGCAGAAUACUCAUUUAAGUUGAAUGAGUCUUCUUUAUAUUAUGGUUAUAGUAAUGUGAUUAAAAUUUACACUUUAACAUGGGUGUUCGAUUGUAAAGUUGUAGAUGAUUAAUAUCAUAACAAAAUUCUGAUAAAUGACAUUAUAAAUCCUUUAUUGUUGACUAUCCAUUCUUUAGAAAAUAGAUGCAAUAAUUAUAAAUCUGCAUUUUCAUAAUUAGAAUAGGAUUACAUAAAAAGAUUAAAUGAAAAGGAAAGAACUUAAUAUAAAGUAAGGGACAAAGAUGAAGAUUUGAGCGUAUACAUUUUAGAUGAUCAAAUUGAUCAAGAGAAAAUAUGUUAAAUAAACUUUAAUCCUAUUGCAAAUUAUUUCAUAUAAUAUUAUGCAAUUAAUAAAGUGAAUAAAACAUUAUAAUAAAUGAAAAAAAGACAACCAUAGUAGUAAUAAAAUAAAAAUGAAAAUCCCUCUUCAAAUAUUAAAAAAAGUAAAUUAAUAAUUUUAAAUCAUUUUAGAAGAAAAUAUUUGGUAAAGUUAUGAAAAUACAUUAUCUGAUAUGUUUGAAGGUAAAGGAUAAUAAAUAUUGGAAAAUGAUAAAAAUGAACCCAAGUAGGACCGAAGUAAAAACACUAAAAAAAAGGUAGGAUUUUUAUGA